CGCUGAUUGCUUUCGUUGACAUAUCAUCAGUACCACGUUGCCUCUCUACAUGAGAGCGGCCAGUUGGCUACAGUCAAAGUACACGCCGAGAGACAGGCAGCAGCAAGUCUGCAGUCCUCAAUUGACAGGCGCACGUUUGUCGGCACCGGAUCCCAACGCAGCAGCCCACUAAAAAUAAAAAGGAAUUCUACCCAUGGUAAAGGAGCCUUCUUGUGUUGGCCGUAACCAGGACGACACCGACAGGGGCCCGCCGCAGCAGCAGACCUGAGGCCGUGGCGCGGAGAUGGCCUCCAUCGCAGACUUCUACGCCGGCAAGAGCGUUCUGAUCACGGGCGCCACGGGCUUCAUGGGCAAGGUGCUGGUGGAGAAGCUGCUGCGCUCCUGCCCCGAGGUGCAGACCCUGUACAUCCUGGUCAGGCCCAAGGCUGGCCAGUCCAUGCAGGAGAGGGUCAGCGACAUGAUGAAGUGCAAGCUGUUUGACCGUGUCCGGGAGGACAACCCAGACUUCCACCAGAAGAUAGUUCCCAUCAGCAGUGAGCUGACACAGCCUGGCCUGGCCAUCAGUCCCGAGGACGUGGAGAAGCUCACUGCCUGCAUCAACGUCGUCUUCCACUGCGCCGCCACCAUCCGCUUCGACGAGCCUCUCAAGCACGCCCUGCAGCUGAAUGUGAUCGCCACUCAGAAGCUCCUGUCUCUGGCCAAGCAGAUGCAGCACCUGGAGGCCUUCAUCCACAUCUCCACCGCCUAUGCAAACUGCAACCGCAGGCACAUCGACGAGGUCAUCUACCCCCCGCCUGUCGAGCCGAAGAAGCUCAUUGAGUCCCUGGAGUGGAUGGAUGACAGUAUUGUGCGUGAUAUCACCCCUCGCCUCAUAGGGGACCGUCCCAACACCUACACCUACACCAAGGCCCUGGCCGAGUGUGUGGUCCAGCAGGAGAGUGACAAGCUCAACAUUGGCAUUAUCAGGCCCUCCAUAGUGGGGGCCAGCUGGCAGGAGCCUUUCCCUGGCUGGAUCGACAAUUUCAACGGACCAAGUGGAGUCUUCAUUGCGGCAGGGAAGGGAAUCCUGCGCACCAUGAGAGCCAACAACGACGCCGUGGCAGACCUCAUCCCUGUGGACGUGGUCAUCAACUUGACCCUGGCAGCUGGCUGGUACACGGCAGUGCACAGACCCAAGUCAGCCCUGGUGUACAACUGCACAACAGGAGGCAUCAACCCUUUCCACUGGGGAGAGAUCGAGCACCAUGUGAUGUCCACGUUCAAGAGGAACCCUCUGGAGCAGGCCUUCCGGAGGCCCAACGCCAACAUCACCUCCAACUACCUGAUCAACCAGUACUGGAUCCUAGUCAGCCACAAGUUCCCUGCCCUCAUCUACGACUUCUAUCUGCGCCUGUCUGGACAGAAGCCACAGAUGAUGCGCAUAUUCAACCGGCUCCACAAGGCGAUCGGACUGCUGGAGUACUUCAGCAGUCAGGACUGGGAGUGGAACUCCGACAAUAUGAACAUGUUGAUGAGUCAACUCAGCCCGGAGGACAGGAAGACGUUCAACUUUGACGUCCGCCAGCUGAACUGGCCAGAGUACAUUGAGAACUACUGUAUCGGCACUAAAAAGUACGUUCUGAAUGAAGACAUGUCAGAUAUCCCUGCUGCCAGACAGCACCUGAGGAAGUUGAGGAAUAUCCGCUACACUUUCAACACCCUGGUGCUGGUCUUUUUCUGGAGGGUGUUCAUCGCCCGCUCCCAGAUGGCCCGCAACAUCUGGUACUUUGUCGUCAGCCUCUGUUUCAAGUUCCUCUCCUACUUCCGAGCCUCUAGUACUCUCACCAACUAACUGACCGGCAGCAACAGCCAACGAGACAGCACCUUUCGGCCCCUCUCUGCCCCCCCCCCCCCCCUCUUCAGCAAACGCCACCCCCAGUCCAACCAAGAUGACCUUCUGAGUGUAGGUGGUAAAACAAGGGGGACAGAAGAGGAGUUAAUGGAGUUUGAAGUAUUAGGAGGGAAAGAGGUAUAUUAUUAGCCAUGGAAUGUAUUCAUUUCAACAACAAAAAAUCAGAUUCUGCACUGUUCAUUCAUCAAAACCCCCGUAGUUCAUACAAAGCCAAGUGACUCCACAUCAAAUUUAUUAUUUUUAUACUUAUAUUUAUACCUAUACUGAUUAUAUAUGCAACUAAAGAUCCAUUACAAUAUCCUAUACUUUUCUUCUUUUCUUCUGCUUUCUCCACGUUUAUUGUCACAUUGCCUGUCCUCUCAUGUGAUAUAUUGCCUUGGAAAUUGUGAUGAUUUUUGUUUUUUUCUUAUUUUUGCAUACUUGAAAUUAGUCAGUGCUCCACAAUUGGGCACUUUCUGUACAUGAAUCAUUAAUGGUGUGAAAUCUUAAAAUAUCCAUGGUCUCUCUUUUCUAAAGAUGGGUGAUUUUGGGCAAGUAUUAAUUUGCCCGUACGUACUGCCUAUUUAAGACACACACACUAACAGGCUGUAGGCAAUGCCAUUUCAACAUUUUAGAUAUCAACAGUUAGUUGUUGGCCCUAAAUCUAAAUGUACAGUAGACAGCAACUGUAACACUACAAAGACAUGGCCAGGUCCAGUGUCUUACUGUUGAUGGUUGUAAUGAACUACUAUCAAUACUGAUAUAUCAGUAUGUUAUUUAACGUACAGUGUUGGACUCCUUGUUUGUUUUGAUGCUCAUUCACCUUUUGCCUGUUUGUACAGAAGUUUCUACUGAGGCUAGGGUAACUACUUUUUCAUCUUUUUAAAUUAUUGCAUCAAACAAAGGCUAGUCUUAUGAAGGCUGUUCAUGGUGAGGGACUAUACAUAAUUACGCAUAAAACACAGUUUUGUGCAUAUUUACUGUAAAUAUUUGAAGUUAUAUAUUAUUCUUAUAUAUUGUACCUACCAAAAAGACAGUGUGUCAUUCCGUUAGGAGUUUGUCUGUUCUACCAGAGAGCUUCCCAAAAAAUCUACCACAAGUGUUAGCGUGACAGCAGACCAGUUUUCAUAAAACAGAUGAAGAAAUGUAUGCACAGUCUUUGUACAUUUGAUGUAUCGACUCUUGGCAGACUAAUUGAUAUAUUGAAGUGAAAACAAAUUGAGAAAGAUAACCCAAAACCCAUCUUCAGAAAUGAAAUACUACAUUUUUGUAUGCUAAGCUAGUUUUCGGGUGCAAACAUGGUGACUGUUCUUUCCUGAUUUCAGGAAGGGACCAUGACCCCACCCAUCCAACCCAAUUAUCAUGCUAUGGAUCUUAAGUAUGAAGUAGCAUCAGAAAGGGAUCAACAUAACAUCCUGCUUGUUAGUGAAGUUUGUUCUUAUGUGUGUGUCCUGUUGACAAAAAAGUGGUGUACUUGCUUUUGGAUUCUAAAAGCGGAGGUGGACUGACACUUCCUAACAGCCACACCUGUGCUAUGAUUUUUGUCUCAUAAAUGUUUUUCUAAUACCAUUUGCAAAAUGUCCAGUCACCCUAUGUCUCUGGCUCUGAAAGCACUUCAUUUAUGUCUGCUUGGCAAAACUUUAAUAAAAUCUAAGAGAUCAAACAUACUAGUGUGCUAUCCAUUAUGCUCCAUUAUCCUGUCCUAUUAUGUGCAAUAGUUUGUCUUUUUUUAAUGCAAACUAAGGACGGAAAGCUGUUUGUUUGUAAACACUUCCAAUGUCUUAUAAAAUGAAAAACCAGCAGUAA